CACUAUUCUUCCCACUGACACCAACAAUGAGGAACACUGACAGGGGAGAGGUUUGUAUGUAAACAAUACAGAUCUCCUGGCAGCACCAACUUGCUGCUUUGUAUUGCUCUGCUUAGCAGCAUGUCUCCCUAGUAAAACACACACAGCACACAGUAAAAAAGCACACAGCACACAGUUAACCCUUUGAUCGCCCCACAUGUUAACCCCUUCCUGCCUAGUGCCAUUAGUAGUGUCAGUGCUUUUUAUUAGCACUGAUCACUGUAUUGGUGUCACUGGGGAUGUCAGUGACACCAAUUCAGUUCCCCCCAGUGUCAGAAUGCCCGCCGCAGUCCUGCUAUAAGUCACUG